ACUCCGCUGUCAUUUUCUCACUCUCCUUCUUCCCCAUCGAAACCCUAGUCCCCAAAACUCCGUCACUUACGUCGCAAGCCCUAGCCUCCGGAUUCUCCAUUUUCUGCGCAAUGGUUCAGCCAACAAAUCCUUCCAAAUUGCGAUGGGGGGAGCUAGAUGACGACGAUAGUGAUCUUGAUUUUCUCCUUCCACCGAAGAAAGUUAUUGGGCCAGACGAAAACGGGUUGAAGAAAACUGUUGAGUAUCAGUUUAACGAAGAUGGUAAUAAGGUCAAGAUCACAACGACCUCUCGGACUCGCAAGCUUGCGCAUGCUCGCCUGAGCAAACAUGCCGUGGAGCGCCGAUCUUGGGCCAAGUUCGGCGAUGCUGUGCAUGAAGAUGUCGGCAGUAGGCUCACUAUGGUCUCCACUGAGGAGAUUCUUCUGGAGCGCCCUCGUGCUCCUGGUAGCAAACCAGAGGAGCCAAAGGUUGCAGGAGACCCUUUAGCUCAAUUGGGAAAGGGUGGUGCUGUUCUUAUGGUCUGUCGUACUUGUGGUAAAAAGGGUGACCAUUGGACCUCAAGGUGCCCUUACAAGGACCUGGCACCACAAGCUGAUGGAUUGGAUAAGGCUGUUGCACCAGAGGCUACCACCGCUGCUCCUGGUGCAACAAAGGGAACGUAUGUUCCUCCUGGUUUGAGACCCGGGGCAGAGAGGACUGGAACUGACAUGAGACGUAGGAAUGAUGAAAACUCUGUUCGUGUGACCAACCUUUCAGAGGACACUAGAGAGCCUGACUUGCUUGAGCUUUUCCGACCUUUCGGUGCUGUUAGCCGAGUUUAUGUUGCUGUUGAUCAAAAGACUAGCAUGAGUAGAGGAUUUGGUUUUGUGAACUUUGUGAACCGUGAGGAUGCCCAAAGAUCAAUUAACAAACUCAAUGGAUAUGGUUAUGAUAAUCUCAUCCUUCGAGUUGAGUGGGCCACUCCAAGGGCGACUUAAGGCGUGAGAAGCAAUACUAUUCAGUCUCAAUGAAAGUGGGGUUCAAGAAAUAAAGCUAUCCUAUUCAGUCAAAUUCUGCCUUUUAAUUUUGAGCCUCUGAAAUAUGUCUGAGGUUCAGUCCCAAGGUACUAGAGGUGCUUUUGAUCAAGAGAAAAUCUCUAUUAUGUUCUGGAAUUGGUUUUGGAAUUUGUGUGUCGUUACUUGGUGUUUAGUACGGUGGAGCCCAAAUUUAUAUAACAUUGCUUAUUGAGUAAGUUGUGAGUUUAAGAUUUUAUUAGAGAUAGUACUCCGAAGGGGGCAACCCAAUUGACAAGGGUUUGGGAUCUUUUGGUUA